CGAAUCUUUCACGCGCCCUUUUAUCCAACGAGAACGCAAACUACUGGUCGUAUUGCCGGAUGGACAAGAGUGACGAUCGUCAUUGAUACGCCGAGUUGACGGCAAGCAAAGCACUUGUGGUGCGGCUUGUAGUCGAAUCGGCCUGGCAUAUAAGCUUAAAGUUGUUUGCAAUUACUGCAAUUCCUUGUAAUCACCAAAACCAUGUCUUCUUCGGCCGAGGAUGAUGAGUCCACAUCAUCUGGGUUAUCGUCAAUAGCUUCCGCCGCGCCAUCAUCAACCAUCUCCCUAUCCGACCCAACGCCUGCUCCGACAACACUUGUGAUCGCACCUAAGCCUACCAAUGAAGACGACCUCGAUGAUGACGGGAUAUUCCCACCGAUGACCACACCUUGGACCGGACCCGUUGAUUGCACAUGGACUUACGAUGCAAACAAGGUACCGAACUCAGGUUCUGAUGGCCUCGCAGCAAUGCUUGACUUGCAGCCAAUUGCUGGAGCUAAGUCAUUGUCUUGCUAUCCUGAUGCCAUGUUCGAUAAAGGCCUUACAGGGGUUUACAGUCCAGGCACAUGCCCUCAUGGAUGGACCACCGUAUCACUGCGCGUUGAUACUAGUGAGAACCGGGACGACGAGACAACGACAGCUAUUUGCUGCUCAUCGGAAUACACUCUGGAUGGCAAUUUGUGUAAACGUUCAGUUUCAUCCGUGUUAGCUGUCCCUUACACGUACAACCAGACAGCUCAGACUUAUGAUGCUGUGUCUGACACACCAACGACUUUAUAUGGUGCAACAAUUGCUGUUUAUACCAUCAGGGCUCUGUUCAAGGAUAGCGACAAAGAUGCACUUGGUCUCAAGGAUGAGGACGAUAUCCCAGGUACUGAGCAUCAUGGCCGAUCCUUGUCCCUGGGCGCGCGCAUCGGUAUUGGUGUUGGUGUCGCGGUUUUUGUACUGCUUGCGCUAGGAGCACUUGCCUUUUGGCUCAUUCGAAGAGAACGACAGAAGACGGAAAAGAGACGAGCACACGAGCUCGGCGCGGUGGGAAGCAUGCGUCACACCUCACCAGGACCAGGAGAUAAUUUUUACGCCGCUGCGGACGCCAUCCAUCGACGUGACAGGAGCCGCCAGACCGCAGAGCCACCACCAGCUUACGAGGCUGCUACGGACUCAAACAGUAUGACCGAAAACGAUAGUCAGCUAAGCGAGGAUACGGCGACACGGGACGAGGAGAUCAGGGCGUUGCAAGUCCAGAAAGAGGCGAUUCAACGCCGUAUAGAAGAGCUGGAGCGUUCUGAGACGCAGUCACAAGAAGAUAACCGGCGAGAUUAAGACUAGAAUCAAGUGCGAAUGGUCGAAUUCUGGAAGCGAGAAGAGAGCGAGGGAUCAUGACUUGGACGGGAAACGGCCUACACACCUAUGAUACCACUUUGCGCGGCCGUAGCAUGUUGCUAUGGGCUAUUUUGCUUUUUUAACUACAUACAAUCAUCUUACAGGAGGAAAUAUCCGAAAGUCUUUUUUUUGGAGUACGGCGGUUGGGUGGGAAAACAUUGUUAAAAUCCAUACAGUUUAAU